AUGGACUCGUCUGCGGUCGAGCACAACGAGAAGGCGACGCGCUUCGGUGGUCGGCACUCCAUCGACUCGUCCGAGCGCUCGCCCCGGUCCAGUGCCACGCACGCCGACAUCUUUGCGGCGGCUGCACAGGCCGCAACCGACGACGACGACGACGACGAGCGGGACGUUCUAUGUCAACGCACACGGCACGAGGGGCUGUUGAAGGCGUGUAUUCUGGAAAACGUGGCGACUGCCAAGCGAUUGCGUCAUGUUCCCGAGUCGGCCAUGGACGACUUGGACGCGGUCAAAGACGACGCCGAUGCGGGCGACUUGUUCGAGACGCUGCCGGAACCCUAUGGACAGCUGUCGACGUACGAGCGCGUGGUGAUUACGUCAACACCUGAAGAAGCAGAUCGUGAGACAAGGGACGUGUGUGCACUGAUUCGCAAGGGCGUAGCGCUCCGGCGCAAGUGGAUUGCAGUGAAUGAACCCACGACACUGUCGGCAUCGACACAGGACCACGUACUUUCUACUACUACUUCUGCAACUGCGACUACUGGUAGUACGGCUAGUACUGCUAGUGGCGCUAGUCCACGGGCGACGGCAAGUUCUACCAGUAAAUGGAGACACCGCGAGGAAAUACCGUACGCGCCAUUUGAAGCGCCUGUGCCUGAGACAUCGCAGCAUUGUUUCAACAUGGUGGACGGGGUAGUCAUGGUGUAUGACGACACGCACGCUGUCGAACCAAUCAGUCAAGUCGGGACGAUGGAAGAAUACUACGACGACUUGUUUGAGAUCCAGUGCAUUGUCAAUUACGGACCAAUGAAGACGCUGGCGUUCAAGCGCUUGCAAUUGCUGGAAGCGAGGUUCAACCUGCACAUGCUGCUGAACUCGGAGCGGGAACUGGUGGCACAGAAAGCAGUGCCCCACCGUGACUUUUACAAUGUCCGGAAGGUCGACACGCACGUGCAUCACUCGGCGUGCAUGAACCAAAAGCAUUUGCUGCGGUUCAUUAAAUCGAGGCUGCGCAACUCGCCUGGCGAGAUUGUGAUUUUUCGCGAUGGACGCUUUAUGACGUUGAGCGAAGUCUUUCGGUCGCUGAACCUCACAGGUUAUGAUCUCAGCGUCGACACGCUGGACAUGCACGCGAGCAACACGUUUCACCGCUUCGACCGCUUCAAUUUGAAGUACAACCCGGCUGGACAAAGUCGUUUGCGGGAGAUCUUUCUCAAAACGGACAACCUGAUUGCUGGCAAGUAUCUUGCUGAAAUAACCAAGGAGGUCAUCUCGGACUUGCACGCUAGCAAAUAUCAGCUCGUGGAAUGGCGUGUCUCCAUUUACGGACGCAAGCACUCGGAAUGGGACAAGCUGGGUCGCUGGAUGUACGUGAACAAGUUAUCGUCUUCUCAUGUGCGAUGGAUGAUUCAGAUCCCGCGACUCUACUUCCUGUACAAGAACAUGGGCGAGGUCGAUAAUUUCCAGCAAAUGCUCGAUCACAUUUUCCUACCGCUGUUCGAGGUCACGCGUGAUCCGUCGAGCAACCUGCCACUGCACUACUUUCUCCUGACUAUGGUCGGCUUCGAUAGCGUGGACGAUGAGAGCAAAGCGGAACCUUUUCGAGCUGAGCGCGGCAAAAAGCUACCAAAGCCGCAUGAGUGGACCUACGAAGCCAACCCGCCGUACGACUACUGGUGCUACUAUUUGUACGCGAACAUCGCUUCUCUAAACGAGUUUCGACGCCAGAAGGGCCUCAACACUUUUUCGCUGCGACCGCAUUCCGGCGAAGCUGGCGACCCUGAGCACUUGGCUGCCGCUUUUCUUACUGCAAACGGCAUCAACCACGGCAUCACGCUUCGCAAGUCUGUUGGUCUACAGUACCUGUACUACCUAACGCAGAUCGGUAUUGCCAUGUCGCCAUUGAGCAACAAUCGCUUGUUUCUCGACUACCACCGCAAUCCAUUCCCGACGUAUCACGCACGCGGUUUGAACGUCUCGCUGAGCACUGACGAUCCUGUCAUGCUCCAUUAUACAAAAGACCCGCUGCUUGAGGAGUACUCGGUAGCAGUGCAAGUGUGGAAGUUGACGUCGACGGACAUGUGUGAAAUCGCGCGCAACUCGGUAUUGCAGUCGGGUUUCGAGCACAAGUUCAAGGAGCAUUACCUCGGCCACAAGUACGCAUUGCCUGGAUCGCGUGGCAACGAUAUACGCAUGUCAAACGUGCCGGACAUUCGUCUCGACUACCGUCACGAGACACUUCAGGGCGAGCUUGAUUUCAUCCAGACAUGA